UCCGUAGCUGUCGCAACAUAUGCCGCGGCUCUCGUCGAGGUUGUUGCUAGCACUGCUGCUUUGCGGGCUGACGCCGAGCAUUGGCUGGUCGACGGGCAGGCUGCUGCCUACCGACCGGCGGGCGCGCUGGCAGGGGUGCCGUUCCGCGCGCCUCACGGCCGCGACAGAGGGCAGCAGCAGCAGCGAUGAGGGGCUGGGGUCAGGCGAGCGUGUUGCGGCGCCUGGUGGCGGAGGCGGCGGCUCGGCGCUUAUGGAGAAUGCGGACUUCUCCGUCAACACAAUCCUGAAGCAGCUCGAGAGCAUACAGCAGGGCACGCCGAAGAACAUUGUCAUCCUCGGCACACGCCACUGCUCCUUCCUACACCAGCAGAUCAUCGAGCUGCUGUCGUACGCGCUCGUGCUCUCGGAGAACCACCUGUAUACCUCGGGGGCCACGGGGACGCACGCGGCGGCCAUUCGCGGCGCGCUGCGCGCCGAGAACCAAGAGCUGCUCACCGUGAUCCUGCCGCAGACCAUCGGGCGGCAGCCCCGCGAAAUCCGCGAGCUGCUCGGGCAGGUGAAGAAUGUGGUCGAGCUCGGGCACGACGAGCUCCCGCUCGACGCCGCCUCGCGAAUAUGCAACUCCGAGCUGCUCGCCCUCGGCGACCAGCUCGUCGUCUUCGCCUUCCACGACUCGAACACGCUCCGCGAGACGAUCGAGGAGGCCAAGGCGCUCUCCCUGCUAGUCACGACCCUCUACCUCGACUAAGUCGGGCCUCGACUGACUUUCUAGCCGCGUCGGCUCGCGCGCCGCCAGAGCGGCCGCGCCGAUCGCCCCGCCCUUACCUGGAGCCAUGCUGCGCCCCCCCCCGAUGACCAUGCGUGCUGCAAGCGAGCGCUUGAGUGCCGAGUGGAGGAGGAUGGGCUAGCGCUGGAGCCUCUGCAGUCGCCACCGCCCUCCGGCUGGCCGGCUGCGCUCCGGCCCCUCUCCGCUGCGCCGCUCGCGUCCAGACUGUACUGAACCCGCACUUGAACACUUUUGCUCAUGUUUACGUUUGCGGCUUGGACGAAAUGUGCGUGUGAGUGUGCCUGCGUGUGUGCGACCGACCGCGCACACUCGCCGGCGUGUGUCUCGCGGACCAUGCCCAGGCCUGCAUAUGGUGCAUUUGCUUUUUCUCCAUUGACGUUUUUCGUUUUAAUGAUCGUUUAGCACU